AUGCCUUCGACCCACAACAAAGAUAAACCUUGGGACACACCUGACAUCGACAAAUGGACGAUUCAAGAGUUUCUUCCUGAAGACAAUGCUUCGGGCUUACCAUUUUCAGAAGAGUCCAGUUUCAUGACUCUGUUUCCAAAAUACCGAGAAGUGUAUCUAAGGUCAGUGUGGAACGACGUCACUCGCGCAUUGGACAAAUUCCACGUAUCAUGCGUCCUGGAUUUGGUGGAAGGUUCGAUGACAGUGAAAACAACAAGAAAAACAUUUGACCCGGCCAUUAUACUCAAGGCCAGAGACCUCAUAAAGCUUCUUGCUCGUUCUGUACCAUUUCCUCAAGCCGUCAAAAUUUUGCAGGAUGAUAUGGCCUGUGACGUGAUAAAGAUUGGAAACUUCGUCAGCAAUAAAGAGCGUUUCGUCAAGAGGAGACAACGUCUCGUGGGGCCAAACGGUAAUACUUUGAAGGCACUCGAGCUUCUUACCAAAUGUUAUGUUCUAGUGCAAGGUAAUACGGUCAGCGCCAUGGGGCCUUUCAAGGGCCUGAAAGAGGUGCGCCGAGUAGUUGAAGACUGCAUGAGAAAUGUGCAUCCAAUUUACCAUAUCAAAGAGCUCAUGAUAAAAAGGGAGCUUGCCAAACGCCCCGACUUGGCAGAGGAGGACUGGUCGCGGUUUUUGCCCAUGUUCAAGAAAAGAAAUGUUGCUCGCAAGAAGCCCAAGAAUGUCAAGGUCAAAGAAACCAAGGUUUACACUCCAUUCCCACCUGCGCAACUUCCUAGAAAGGUUGAUCUGCAAAUUGAGAGCGGUGAGUAUUUCUUGAGUAAAAAAGAGAAGGAUGCUAAAAAACUAGACGAACGCAAGAAAGAGCAAGCUAUGAAACAAGAAGAGAAGGAAAAGGAAAGAGCCAAAGAUUAUGAAGCGCCCCUCGAGUCCGAGUAUCAAGGAUCUUCAAAGAAAAGGAGUAGGAGUCGGCCCGAAGCGAAAGAGGAGUCAAGUAAAAGGUCCAAGAAUUGA